CAAACUAACCCUAAGCCCGCUGCCCUGGAAACUACAACACCCAUAAGCCUUCGGGAGCGCUCGUGCAUUGUGGGGCGCUCCGCAUUUUCCUCCUAAAGUGGCCCCUCAGGUUGAACUGUGAAAAUUCUCCAUCAUCCCCCGCGAGACACCAGAAACCUCCUUUUCCGCUCCAUGCCCGGAUAUAAGUGGCCGUGGCCAUAGAAACUGUCUGCUAGAGGCUCCCAAAGUCGCUUUCCCGACCCUCAUUUCCGCCGGAAGUGAUCUGCUGUUCCAAGUGCCCGUCCUUCCCUACACGCGCGGGCUCCGGGUCCCUAGUUCUCGGUCCCGGUCGCCGAGUACUACCACAAUGGCGGCAGCGACUCUAUUACGAGCGACGCCCCGCUUCAGCGGUCUCUGCGCCAGCCCGACCCCAUUUCUGCAAGGUCGGCUGCGGCCGCUGAAGGCCCCGGCAUCGCCCUUCUUGUGUCGCGGCCUAGCAGUGGAGGCCAAGAAGACUUACGUACGCGACAAACCCCAUGUGAAUGUGGGUACUAUCGGGCAUGUGGACCAUGGCAAGACCACCCUGACCGCAGCCAUCACGAAAAUUCUAGCCGAGGGAGGUGGAGCUAAGUUCAAGAAGUACGAGGAGAUAGACAAUGCCCCAGAGGAGCGAGCUCGGGGUAUCACCAUCAAUGCAGCUCAUGUGGAGUAUAGCACUGCUGCCCGACACUAUGCCCACACAGACUGCCCUGGUCAUGCAGAUUAUGUUAAGAAUAUGAUCACAGGCACCGCCCCUCUGGAUGGCUGCAUCCUGGUGGUGGCAGCUAAUGAUGGCCCCAUGCCCCAGACCCGAGAGCACUUACUGCUAGCUAAACAGAUUGGGGUAGAGCAUGUUGUGGUGUAUGUGAACAAGGCAGAUGCUGUCCAGGACUCGGAGAUGGUGGAGUUGGUAGAGCUGGAGAUCCGGGAGCUGCUCACUGAGUUUGGCUAUAAAGGAGAGGAAACCCCAGUCAUCGUAGGCUCGGCCCUCUGUGCCCUUGAGCAACGUGAUCCUGAGCUAGGUGUGAAGUCAGUGCAGAAGCUUCUGGAUGCUGUGGACACUUACAUCCCAGUACCCACCCGGGACCUGGAGAAGCCCUUUCUGCUCCCUGUAGAGUCAGUUUACUCUAUUCCUGGCCGAGGCACAGUGGUGACAGGUACACUAGAGCGUGGCAUUUUGAAGAAAGGAGAUGAGUGUGAGUUGCUGGGACAUAACAAGAACAUUCGCACUGUGGUGACAGGCAUUGAGAUGUUCCACAAGAGCCUGGAGAGGGCUGAGGCAGGGGAUAACCUUGGUGCUCUGGUCCGAGGCUUAAAGCGAGAGGAUUUGAGGCGUGGUUUGGUCAUGGUCAAGCCAGGAUCCAUCCAACCCCACCAGAAGGUGGAGGCCCAGGUUUAUAUCCUCAGCAAGGAGGAGGGUGGCCGCCACAAACCCUUUGUAUCUCAUUUCAUGCCCGUCAUGUUCUCCCUGACCUGGGACAUGGCCUGUCGCGUCAUCUUGCCUCCAGGGAAGGAACUUGCCAUGCCUGGAGAGGACUUGAAGCUUAGCCUAAUCUUGCGGCAGCCCAUGAUCUUAGAGAAAGGCCAACGUUUCACUUUGAGGGAUGGCAACAAGACCAUUGGCACAGGCCUUGUCACUGAUGUACCAGCCAUGACCGAGGAGGACAAGAACAUCAAAUGGAGCUGAGUCUGGACUUCUGCUCAGGUUGUUGAGCUUAAAGCUGCCCUGGUCAGCAUUCCCACUGGUGGACACAAGCUGCAUCCAAGCAGAGUACACCUAUGGACAUUUCUAAUCCUGCUCACAAGGAGUGAGUGGCCCGCCAAGAGAGGUUGGCAAAUAAAACUGUCCCGUGAAUAAUGCA